AUUUCUCUUCGUAAAUUGUCGUUUGCAUACAACCCCGCGAUUUCUACUUUGGCUGGGCAGAAAUUCAAGCGUGCAUGUCAAUUAAGCUAUUCCUUCUUAACAGAUGUCAUGACUUUCCCAGCGACUUUUGAGAAUGAUGUCGAGGUUGGGGAGACGAUACCCCCGAUGACUGCGCACGCCGUGAGCGUUUCUUUGCCUACUUGGAGGGCCAAUGUCGGCUACGAAGAAGGCGAAGAAUGGGUCAUUAGCAAAAUGAAGACGGGCUAUCCAAGGUUCUUCAUUCAUAAGGCAAUCGAGCGACUUGCCAAUGCCAUAGUGGAGAAGUAUGGACACGAUGGGGAGCGAGCCAUGUUGUUUCCAUCGCAUUCGAUAGCCCAAAGAUGCCUGGAUUAUUUCAACACUCAAGCACCCCCAGAAGAUCGUCAGCAGGCUAGAAUACUGGAUCUAGUCCCCAGUGCAGCCAAAGAACGCUCUGAAGAGCUCGAGAUUAUCUCUCCCAGGAUCUCUGCAUUCAUAUUUCCGGCGGUAAGCUUCAAGAUCGCCAAAGCGUUCUGGCAACACUCGGGAGAUGGAAUUUCCAGUCGACGAGCAGAACAUUGCCAUGGUCUGUUCGAAAAGGGCGCUUUAGUGGACGCUUCCACUAUUGAUGGGAUGCGACGUCUAUGCAAGGGACCCAGGCGGUAUCAACGCCAGACUUCGAUCGAUCUCGAUACGCCUAUUGAUGUCCGUAACGAUGGCAACGACACUCAAGAUCCCAACGAUUUCGUGGAGCAAAGAUUUGGUAGAAAUCUCGAUUUAUCACUGACAACAAAUGCGAAACUUGCCGUUCGCCGUCGUAUCGCAGGCUCACUUACUGCAGACGUUGAGCUCCCUGAAGCUCUCGCAUUAAGCAAAGACGAGGAAAAUACUCGGCAAGUAGCUGGCUUCUCGGAGGAUGAUGUUUAUCUCUACCCCUGUGGCAUGAGCUCGAUUUUCAAUGCGCACCGCAAUCUCAUGGCCACGAAAGGGCCUCUCCAGAGUAUCGUAUUUGGAUUCCCUUAUAUCGAUACCUUGAAGAUUGUACAGAAGUUCGGCCCAGGUUCUCAUUUUUAUGGCUUUGGCUCCUCCGAGGAACUGGACGAUCUCGAAAAAAGACUGGAGGGGGGUGAAAGAUUCCUGGCCCUUUUCACUGAAUUCCCGAGCAAUCCGUUACUGCGCUCUCCAGACAUCGAACGGAUACGUGAUUUAGCUGACAAGUAUGACUUCUAUGUGGUUAUUGAUGAGACCAUUGGAAACUUUAUGAACGUGAAUGUUCUUCCGUAUGCGGAUAUUGUGGUCAGCAGUCUGACCAAAGUUUUCAGCGGAGAUAGCAAUGUUAUGGGAGGAAGUCUUGUCUUGAACCCUCGCGCCAAAUCGUAUAAGCAACUCAAGCAAACCUGGAAUAGCGAUUACGUGGACAAUCAUUGGGCCGAAGACAGUAUCUUUCUGGAGCGCAAUAGUCGUGACUUUGUAUCACGUAUUGAGCGCAUCAAUGCCAAUGCUGAGGCGAUUUGCGAUGUCUUGCGCGCACAUCCACGAGUAAAACAAACAAACUACCCAAAGUACAGUCCGACGCGGCAGUAUUACGAUAAAUGUCGCACCGUACGCGGUGGAUACGGAGGUCUCUUAUCUGCCACAUUUUAUUCCAAAGAAGAAGCAAUUACCUUCUUCGACAAUCUUGACACGGUGAAAGGUCCGAGCCUAGGGACUAAUUUUACAUUGAGUUCGCCCUAUGUCAUAUUGGCGCAUUACGGAGAACUAGACUGGUGUGCAUCGUGGGGCGUGGAGGCCGACCUCGUACGCUUCAGUGUAGGGUUGGAAGAUACCAAUAAGUUGGUAGAUACUUUCCGUCGUGCGCUUGAGGCCAUAGAAAGAUUGGCCUAGUUACGUAGUGAUGAACCUGCAGCAGAUACAUCUUGAUGUAAGAAUGCCGACAAAGAACACGCGACUAGAUUUGCAUUUCUGCGGGUAGCACUACCAAAUAUACACGAACGCAAUGAAUGGUCUGCUCCAGAAUCCUCAAUUCAUAUUCAUACCAUUGAAGUCUUAUAGCCAUAGCUCCAGACAUUGUUACACAGAC